GUCUCCUCCUGGUCUCCUCCUGGUCCCCUCCUGGUCUCCUCCUGGUCUCCUCCUGGUCUCCUCCUGGUCCCCUCCCUGCUCCUCCCCUCCCUGCUGCUCCAGAUCAGUUCUGGCUGCCGGUGGAACUGAAGGAGACCAUUACCCAGCAGGACCUGCGCUGGAUUGCGUCCACGCUGUGGAGGAACCAGCGGCUGCGCCCGGACGUCCAGCUCUGGUAUGAGCCACCGGUUCCUGCCCUCCUCUACAGCCAGGUCCCGUCACCAGAUCGCUUCUGUAUGCACCGGCUCCUGGUGUGGACGGCCUACCGCCGGUGGAAGGUGAGGCUGUCCUGCCCCCAGUGCAAGGGGCAGCUCACCGGGGCCGGCGUCCACAGGAGGGCACGGGAGUUCCUGGACGUGGACAGGUACUACCCAAUGGGGCCGGAGACCCUCAGGUGCAUCUCCCCCGGUUGUGUUACUACCUGUCCACGAGCCAGAGCGUCCUGGACCAGCUGGGCCCAGAGCGUCCUGGACCAGCUGGGCCCAGAGCGUCCUGGACCAGCAGGGCCCAGAGCGUCCUGGACCAGCUGGGCCCAGAGCGUCCUGGACCAGCUGGGCCCAGAGCGUCCUGGACCAGCAGGGCCCAGAGCGUCCUGGACCAGCAGGGCCAGAGCGUCCUGGACCAGCUGGACCCAGAGCGUCCUGGACCAGCAGGGCCUGGCUCUCCCACGCCUGGCCAACCAGCUGCUGGAGACCCCCAGCGAGGAGGGGCUGCAGCGUUCGGCCGCUACAUGGAGCUGUGCAGUGACUUUACCCAGCAGGCCCGGUCUCUCCCCGGUGGUCUGACAGAGCCCCCCGAGCCUGGGGCUGUCCCCACCAACAGGUGGCUCCUGACGGUGUACGGGAAGCACUUGAUGAGCCGUGUGGGCCAUCAAGGCCUCACCUCCACCUUUGGCUCCAUUUUAAACAUGGAUUCCACAAAGAAGGUCUAAAGGACAUCAACAACAAUGCAUGAAAUAUCCCAGCUUGUGAAGGUUAUAGUCACAAAUGUGUCAAUGUUUAUUUGAUGUGCCUUUUUGCGUGUGUAAAUCCCUAUUUUAUGUGUUUAUUCCUAGAUGUACUUUUGUGUAUAUAUUUAGCUUCUGUUUUGUUCUUAUUCUAAGUUCUAUUAUUGUUUUGAAAGCACUCUGAAUUAGUUUAUUCUGAUUAAUUCCAGAUGACCAAAAAGCUGUGUGGAGCCGCCAAGGGGACGGCGCUCUGGGUGUCCUCCGUCAGCAACGAGAAGGGGCAGGUCCUGACCAGCGUCCUGACAGCCCAGGAGGGACCUGGACCGGAUGGUGUCAGGCCUCAUCAGGCGCUACAGCGAGGCGGGCGUGGACCGGAUGGUGUCAGGCCUCAUCAGGCGCUACAGCGAGGCGGGCGUGGACCGGAUGGUGUCAGGCCUCAUCAGGCGCUACAGCGAGGCGGGCGUGGACCGGAUGGUGUCAGGCCUCAUCAGGCGCUACAGCGAGGCGGGCGUGGACCGGAUGGUGUCAGGCCUCAUCAGGCGCUACAGCGAGGCGGGCGUGGACCGGAUGGUGUCAGGCCUCAUCAGGCGCUACAGCGAGGCGGGCGUGGACCGGAUGGUGUCAGGCCUCAUCAGGCGCUACAGCGAGGCGGGCGUGGACCGGAUGGUGUCAGGCCUCAUCAGGCGCUACAGCGAGGCGGGCGUGGACCGGAUGGUGUCAGGCCUCAUCAGGCGCUACAGCGAGGCGGGCGUGGACCGGAUGGUGUCAGGCCUCAUCAGGCGCUACAGCGAGGCGGGCGUGGACCGGAUGGUGUCAGGCCUCAUCAGGCGCUACAGCGAGGCGGGCGUGGACCGGAUGGUGUCAGGCCUCAUCAGGCGCUACAGCGAGGCGGGCGUGGACCGGAUGGUGUCAGGCCUCAUCAGGCGCUACAGCGAGGCGGGCGUGGACCGGAUGGUGUCAGGCCUCAUCAGGCGCUACAGCGAGGCGGGCGUGGACCGGAUGGUGUCAGGCCUCAUCAGGCGCUACAGCGAGGCGGGCGUGGACCGGAUGGUGUCAGGCCUCAUCAGGCGCUACAGCGAGGCGGGCGUGGACCGGAUGGUGUCAGGCCUCAUCAGGCGCUACAGCGAGGCGGGCGUGGACCGGAUGGUGUCAGGCCUCAUCAGGCGCUACAGCGAGGCGGGCGUGGACCGGAUGGUGUCAGGCCUCAUCAGGCGCUACAGCGAGGCGGGCGUGGACCGGAUGGUGUCAGGCCUCAUCAGGCGCUACAGCGAGGCGGGCGUGGACCGGAUGGUGUCAGGCCUCAUCAGGCGCUACAGCGAGGCGGGCGUGGCUCCCCCUGUACUCCUCUACGUGGACUGUGGCUGCUGCGAGGAGGCGGGAGGGGAGAGCGAGCUGAAGGCCAGGUUCGGCGGCUGGCCAGACCUCGUCAUCCGGCUGGACGUCUGGCACUUCCUUCGGCGGCUUGCGGCCGGAUGCACGACGGACGCCCACGCCCUGUACCCCAUCUUCAUGGCCAAGCUCUCCGUCUGCCUUUUUGAGUGGGACCCUGAAGAUGUGGCCCUUCUGCGCCACGCCAAGAGGGAGGAGCUCCGGAGGGAGGCUCUACCUUCUGGACGGGCUGAACCGGUGGAACCAGGACCGGGCUGCUGCUGCUGUGGCUGAGAAGAUGUCCGCUCUCCUCAGCUACUCGGGGGAUCUGGUACAUUGUGUCAACACAUGUGGCACCAAUGUGUUUGGACAGAUGUUUGUCCCCUCCUUCCGCCUCCCCACCGAGUACACUGGAGAGUUGAUAGGCAUCGUCUACCUGUACCUGCAGACGGGGAAGUGCAUGCAGGACAUGGAUCCUGAGGGUUAGGAGACGGAGCAGCUGCUGGAGGACUUGGGCGACGAGGCAGAGGAUGAGGGCUUCACAGACGACACCGA